UUGCGCACGGAGCGCGUAACAUAUGUUUGAGUGAGCGUGUGCGUUUCUUCACGACGGAUGUGACUGUGCUCUUGCAGCGACUGCCGAAGAUGAACAAACACAUCAUUGCUGUGCGGGGCUCUACGUAGAAUAUUUAUAGACGCGCUACAAAUAACCCCUGUCUGCGAGUUAUUCGCGGCAAGAAGACAAUGAACAAGGCGCCUGAAGAAGUUCCCAAAUAUCCGGUUGAAACGUCUGCCUCAGAGAUUACUUCAAGGACAAAUAUGGCAUAACGAGUGUAAACUAGCGCAAUCCAAUGAAGACGAGAAAACAUAGAAAAGGAACCGGAAUACGGACUACAUGCUGUCGCAUUUCGUCACAAUUUGAAGUGAUUCAAGUGUUUGCUUCGCUACCGGCGACGAAUGUGAAUAACCGUUGCAUUUAAUUUGCUGUUGAUCGACAGUGAGAAGAAACCUUUCGUUUCAACUGGGACGUGCCGCCGUUUCAUUAGCCAAGAACUGACAGACAGAGAUAAAACUGGUUCUCGGUAUUGUUGACCUUCGCAAUUGCACGUGUCAUAGACUGAAAAGUUACGUAAAUUCUGAGAAUAGCAUCGGAGAGAGUGUCUCAUUGAAGCAGUAAAUGUGUCGGACUGUUCGUUGCAGACAAGAGACCGUAUUAUAAUACAGGAGUGAUCAGUUGCUCAUACUUCUGUGGACAGUGAAACCUAACUCAGGGCCCCUUUACAACGUUUAUUGGAUCUGUUCCUUUCUGUGUGCUAUCUCCGGAGUUCGGCGAUUAAGUGGGAGUGUUAUCAGUUAAGCGUUUUUCCCGAUGGAUGGGUGACGUAAGAGUUUUGGCGAAGUACGCAACAGCUGAAACUCAUCAGUCAACAACGGUGCCGCCGUUUUAGUUGGACGCUCGAAAUACUGGAAGCAGAUUUUUCUGCAAGGAUGCAAUUGAGUGGAAGAAGCAAAGCCACGAACAGAACAAGCUGCAAACAUACAAACUUCUUUCAGGAUUGCCAUAUGAAAUUUAUUCCCCGCAAUUUUGUGAUGUUCAGAAUUUGCUAAUAACAAAAUAUUGAGUACUGUGUGCAUGAAUUUUUAAGACUUUCGAAAUAGUUGUUCAGCAACAGUGGGACCACAUCAGCAAUGUGAAACUGGAUAUUUAUUAUUGUCGUGAUCACAUUGUUUGCCUAAUGGACCGUUAUCCUCGUAAGUAUAGCUGAACUUUUGUAGUUAAAGUGUUAGAUAGAGUAUGAUGCAGUACAAGUGAUUUUUUUUGUGAUAGCAAUGCACAUAGCCAAAGUUUAAUUUCUAGUCUAUUAUUCUGUGUUGCAUGUGACUAUUUUUUCACGUUUUACAACUAGAUCGCACCGUGUUAAACAUAUUGUGGUCUUUUUUAUGCAAUGAUGUGUUGAGAAUGUCCAUCUGGUAGUUAUUUUGGUGUGCACGUAUUUAAUACAGUACACAGAGAAACAAUACGCAGAGAAGAGCAUCCUAGUGUCUUUGCAAAUAUUAAGUGUGAGAUUUUUUCAGUGAUUACUUUUGCAAAACUGAGAGACGGUUGUGUCUUUUAGUGAUAUAAGUGGGUUUUUGUUAUUGAGAGCAGUUUGGUUCCGUUAUUUGUGAGUAAUUAUUAGCGUAGUUGCUGUUUUGAAAUUCGUUGGUCGACUGAUUUGUAAAAUUCAGGAGAGCUAGUGGAACUUACGAAAUAAAGAAACAUGACGCUUUCAGAGCAAAUUCAGGGACAGAGGAGGUCCUCGAAAAAGUCUAAGAACAAGGCGCAGGCGUCAGGGAACACUGCGCCAGCCGCAACAAAUUCAAACCCGCGAACGAAGCCAGAGGCGCAACAAAAGAAGGCGCGCAAGUCCGGCGCGGGCAACACAACGGCUGCAGCUGCGGCGGCGGCGGCGGCGGCGGCGGCCAAAGAUCCAAAGCGCGACAGACGUUCCACUCUGCCUGCAACCAGAGGUACUGCUGCCGAAGGCAGGGCCGGCGCAGAUGCUACGCCAGCGUCGGGCUCCGGUCUGCAGGGCAGGGACAGAGGUCUGAGAGGCAGCUUUAAGGCGCUGAGGAGAUCCACCGAAGACCUGUCCAAUGCGGCGUCAGCGAUCAAGAAGACGAUCGGCAGCUUCGUGAGGAGUUCGCCACUGAGGAGGAGUUUCAGCUUCGGCCGGGACCUCAACAAGGUGGGCGGCCUCAAGAAGACUGCGUGGUCAGCGUCGCUCCAGUCCCUCCAGGAGGACGUGCCGGAAGAAGAGGCGGGCGCCGGCAAGUUCCUCGUCGACGACAAGAGGGACAGCUUCAUAGAGGACGAAGAGGACGCGGAGCUGAUGAAGGAGCAGAGGGCGGUGGCGAAACCCACCGAUGCCGUCGUCGGCGUGCCCACCAAAGACCUGGAGUUCAAGACACGCAGUCUGGUCAUUGAGGACUCUGGAGCCUACAGCAAGGAUCCAGAAUUCCAGGACUUGUCGGAGGUGUCGAGGAGGAGGACCCAGUCGUACAGCGCGGUCCAGAGGGUGGGACUACUGGAGCCCAGCGAUGAGGCGGACACCAUGCUGGGCUCUCGGAGUCACCGGCCGCACUCGCUUUCUGCUUACCAUUUGGCUGGAGAACGGGGCAAUCCCCUGGAGCUGGAACGACUGCUGCCUGCCAGAUCGACGGCGACUCUUCCAGCGAAGAAACCGAUGCGGCAGAAUUCGGAAUCCAGCCCCCUCUUCUCCAGGGGCUUCUGGCUCGACGUCUUCUCCAAGGUGAGUACAGCAGAGGAAGACUCCAAUUGUUUUCUUACACUGCAGUGCCAGACGUGCGAAACUGUCUCAUCUGUACGUAACAACGCAGCCGGAUCAAAAGUUUCCUGA